AUCACCGGGUUGAGUGAGUUGUAUUUUCCCAGGCCCCGCCUACCACACGCACAUGCACUCAUUCAUUAGUCAGCGUCUUUCCGCGGCCAUGGCAACAUCAGUGCGCAACGGACUCUGGACCGCUCGAAUGUAAAAGUGCCUCGAAUAAAGGACUCAUGGCCUUCAAUCAACCAUACUCAAACCAGCUUCUCUAAUGACGCUGUGAACUCCGGUUGCAUUAAAGCGCUGAAACAACAUUCAGUUUGAUUUCUUUCUCAUCAUGAAUCUGACUGAGAUUUGCGACAAUGCUAAGAAAGGAAGAGAAUAUGCGCUACUGGGGAACUAUGACUCGUCCAUGGUGUACUACCAAGGUGUUAUACAACAGAUCCAUAAGCACUGUUUGUCCCUCAGAGAUCCUGCCCUGAAAGUCAAAUGGCAACAAAUUCGGCAAGAACUGGCAGAGGAAUAUGAGCAGGUGAAAAGCAUUGUAAACACCCUGGAGAGUUUCAAGAUGGACAAACCAGUUGAUUUCCCAAACCCUUUGGCUGAAGAAAGCCCAAGGGACCCUGAUGUCUGGCCUCCACCAACCCCAGCAGAGCACAGGGGACCUGUCCAGGUGAAGAAGCCGGUCCCCGUAUCAAAGCCUCAGAGGAAAGAGUCACCUGGGAUGCAGCAUCGCGGACCUGUGGGGAGGGGUCAGCUCAACGUCAAAUCAGAUAGACCGAACACCCGUGACGGCCGUGGAAAUAAAGUUAAGGAGGAUAAAAGUAAGAAGAAUUCCCAGGAGGGUGCUGCUGAUGUGGAACAGAGGAAGUUUGAUGGCACCGGCUUUGACAGCGAUCUGGUGGAUGCACUGGAGAGAGAUAUUGUGUCCCGGAAUCUCAAUAUCCACUGGGAUGACAUAGCAGAUCUGGAAGAUGCCAAAAAGCUGCUGAGAGAGGCAGUGGUCCUGCCGAUGUGGAUGCCAGACUUCUUCAAGGGGAUCCGCCGCCCGUGGAAGGGGGUGCUGAUGGUGGGGCCUCCAGGUACAGGGAAGACCAUGCUGGCUAAAGCGGUGGCGACCGAAUGUGGCACAACAUUUUUCAAUGUGUCGUCCUCCACGCUGACCUCAAAAUACAGGGGAGAGUCUGAGAAACUGGUGCGGCUCCUCUUUGAAAUGGCUCGUUUUUAUGCUCCCACGACAAUUUUUAUUGAUGAGAUCGACUCUAUUUGCGGGAGGCGGGGCACAUCAGAUGAACACGAGGCCAGUCGCAGAGUGAAGUCCGAAUUACUCGUGCAGAUGGAUGGGGUAGGAGGUGCUCAAGAGAGUGACGAUCCCUCUAAAAUGGUAAUGGUCCUGGCUGCCACUAACUUCCCCUGGGACAUUGACGAGGCUCUAAGGAGACGACUGGAGAAGAGGAUCUACAUUCCACUGCCCACUGCUGAAGGACGGGCAGAACUGUUAAAGAUCAACCUACGGGAAGUUGAAGUGGAAUCUGACGUGGAUCUCGCCCUCAUCGCUGAGAAAAUUGAGGGUUAUUCAGGAGCUGACAUCACCAACGUCUGCAGAGAUGCAUCAAUGAUGGCCAUGAGAAGGAGGAUCAUGGGCCUGAGUCCGGAGGAGAUCCGUGCUCUUUCUAAAGACGAGCUGCAGAUGCCAGUCACCAUGGAGGACUUUGAGCUUACACUCAAGAAGAUCUCCAAAUCCGUGUCGUCUUCAGACCUGGAGAAGUACGAGUCCUGGAUGUCCGAGUUUGGGUCUGUGUAAAAGUCAAGUGAGAAAGUGGGAGAGCACAUUGUGGACCAAUACUAGGAGAAAAGGCACGGUUUUAUGUUUCCAAGACAUUUUUUAUUUUCAAAUGUGACUUUAUUUCAGGAUAACCCCUUGAGAUGUUACAUCUCAUUUUCAAGGUGGUCCUGCAGCAUAUAAUAUGCUACUGAAUACUAGUUAAACCGGUGUUCAGAUGUGUUCGGACAUGUUUGAACCGAGAGGAGUUGCAUAAAUGCACUAGCGGUCUGUGUAUGGCACUGAGCCACUUUUAUUUGUUUCUAGCAUCUCAGUUUCAAGUCAUUUCUAACUUCAUUCUCUUCUAACAGAUGGAGAGCACAUGAGUUGCUAAUGAUCUGUUUUUAGUUUCAAAAACUGAAAAGCUUGUGAAAAUUAUACUUGACGAGGGAGUUCUGGUACAGUACUGGAUGUUUUUUUUUAAUGUUUGAUAGUGUGUAGACACUCAUAGGUGCUGUGUUCUUUUAUUUGCUUUACUUUGAUAGUUAAUAAAAUUAACAUUUAUUCUCUACCUAUUACGUGUGUUUUGGCCAGAAACAAACAAAAUGUACCUUAUUUACUUUCUCAAUACAAGUUUUAAUUAUA